CCGGACGACGGGCAGGCGGCGCCGGCGAGGCCCGUGAGAUGCACGCACCACCCACCUGCAGGAAUUAAAGCUGGACUCCCCUUCAGGACAGACCUGCAAUUCCUGGUGUGAUGAGAGAGGGGGAUUUGCUGUCCUGAAGUCACUAAGCUUGGGCCCUGGUCCCUCUUCAUGAGAGACUAGAGAGAUGGAAGCCUUAGAAGCCGGGACUAAAAAGAGGGUCCUCCCCACAUGGAUGACAGCCCAGGUGGCUGAAAAGAGGACUACACAGGUGAAGACCCCCAAGAGGAGGAGAACGGCAGUGGUGCCGGCGGCCGCAGCAAGACUUCCUGCCACGAGGACUGUGUACUGCAUGAAUGAGGCUGAGAUCGUGGACGUUGCUCUGGGGAUCCUGAUUGAGCAGGACCGAAAACAGGAAAAGCCCUCGGAGCGGCCGCCUCUGGCAGGAGCUGAUAAGCCAGAGCUCUCCCCCGCCAGCUCAGCUGAGGACAGAAGUGAGGACGGGGACAGUGGGGACAUUGGCCCUCCCCCGGGUUCCCCUCCUCCAGGGCCUGCGAGUUCUGACCCGGCCUGCAGCGGAAGCCCCGGGGAGGAUCAAGACGCGUUAAAGUACGUCAGGGAGAUAUUUUUCAGCUAAGGGAUAGACUUCCCAGCACUUCCUGCUCCGAGCGGCUGAAGGAAGCCAGGUUUCCCCUCUUGGCCGGGAGUGGUAGUGGGGCUGCCCUCAAACUGUGGUGUCUGCUCCCAGCUCCGCACCGCCCUGAGCCAGGCAGGUUCACCUUGGAGCAGGAGUGCCUAGAUGCUCCAGGCCUUGGGAAUUGAGGAAUCAAAAUGAGCUCCCAUUAGAAUUCCUCCCUGCACUGUGCCCUCUCCCUGCUCAGAGUGUCUGGAAUCCCAACAGUUGUUUUAUUCAGUUACCUGGUUCCAGGGAAAUGAGGUCAUAGUGGUCAAACUUAACUGGAACUGAAGAGUCAACUUAAUUUUCAAAGAAAAACAAGUAUGGCUGCUAAGGACACUGGAAUUCUGUGAUUUAGUCUCCCUAAGGAGGAAGCCUGUUUAAAAAUAGCUUCCAUCACGAGGCAGUCAGUCAGUCUGUGAGCCCUCGCUCGUCCAGCCCUGAAGGCAGACAUCCUGCCACAGUGUGGGUCUCCGCUUGGGAGCCUGAGGCUCAGUGCACAGAUUGGGAAGCCUCCUGACCAAUCAAAGCUGCUACCUUUCUUCCACUUGGUGGCCUCGGCCUUGGUCCGGAGGCAGUUGGAAAGCAAGAGUGGGACAGGAGCCCAAAGGAGAUGCUAAGGACAAGACAUCACACCGGAGUCCAUGUUUCUGUCUCUGUAUUCAGUGUGGCUUUUGACAGGCAUAGAGUGAGGUGAUCACUUGCUGUACGGGUUUUCCUGUAUGUGGAUGCUGAAAAAUACACACAGUUACCUGGUA